AUGUCAUUGACAGGUGUGUGCCCACUGAGUUUCCAGGAAGUACAUGUCAAGGCAGGUGAGAUGGCGGUACUGCAGUGCCCUUCUUACAGAGAGUACCGUGAUGGAGAUGCUGAGGUGUUCUGGACCAGUCACACCGUGGAUGAAAUGAAACUCUUCAACAUGUCAACAUCAGCUGAGCAGAGGCAGAUGGGUGUGCUGGUUCAUGGAAGAAUCCUUGUCAUUCUCAGAGCUUCAGUAAACCAUCAGGGGAAUUACUCCUGCUCUUUUCGUAAUUCCAGCAGGCGUUCCUGGAUCAACCUCAGAGUAUACACAGUGGAGUCCAGAGAGUCUGGAAAAAUCACCCAGGACUCUAAAACAUGUUACACAGAUAAGUCCUGCACUUUAUAUUGCCAUGAUGAAAAUAUUCUCUUUGAUACCUGGAAUAUCACCAGAAACAGCACUACAUGUCACAAGGAGGGCGAGCCAUCUCCAAAAGACGGUUACUUCUCGAGUGUGAAAAAAGAGGAUAGUGACAUCUAUACCUGCACCUGGUCUUACCUGUAUGAUGGUCAAAUAUAUAACAUGACCACUAUGGUGAAACUUGAUGUCCAACCAAGCGAAAUAACUAAGAAAGCAGUGAUAAUUUCACCAAAGAACAACCAAGAAUUUGAUGUAGAUUUAGAUUCAACAGUGGUGAUUGAUUGUAAAGCAGUCACGUCUUCAGACAUUGAUGAAUUGUUCUGGUUAAGCGGCGAUUCAUUUGUGGAGACAAAUAGCACUCUGCCCGUUUUCUACAAUUAUACAUGGGUCAACACCACAGAGGAAAUCAACAUGACAGCAUCUCUAGUCUUCAGACAAGUGUCAGAGGAGGAUCUGUCAAACAAUUAUACCUGUAAACUGCAAUCUGACUACCAAACAAGCUUUGUCACCAUCACCUUGAAGCAAAAAGCUGUUUCACAUCUCGCCAUGGGUUUAUGCAUUUUUCUCGCUGUGUUGAUGGUAUUACCAGUAGCUAUCAUUCUUUGGCUCUCGCGGGGCUGUUGCACCCGCAACUUGGGGCUUUUCCUUCAGUUUCUUUUUACCUCCCUCCCUUCUUUUCAUCAUUGCGCAUUUUUGGUUUGGUUAAUUCACAUCUGGAGUACAGCAGAAUUGCAUCAUCCGCUGUUUUCGAUGCAGAUAAUGAGGGCUUGGAGUGUUCUGCCGAAGGAUACCACGAUGAUCUUGUCGUUGAUCUUCAUCACAUUUUUAUCAGGUGUCUGUCCCCAGAUUCCCGAAGAAAUAUGGGUCAAAGAAGGGGAAAUUGUGGCAAAGUUCUUCAAGGAGUGUGAUCAUAAUGAAACACUCUGGAGAAGUUUCACCAAGCAGGGGAUGCAUCUACACAACAACACGCCUGCAGCUGAGCACAGGCAGAUGGGGGUGAUGGUUCAACAGGGAAUCUUUGUGAUUCUCAGUGCCUCUGAGAAAAAUGAGGGAAACUACUCAUGCUCUCUCAAGAAUUCCAGCAGACAGUCCUGGAUAAUCCUCAAAGUAUACACAGGGCAGUCCAGAGACUCUGAACAAAUGAACCAGAUCUCCAAAGUAUGUUACACAGAGGAGUACUGCCAGUUGUAUUGCCCUGAAAAAAAUGUUCGCUUUAACACCCUGAAUAUCACCAGAAGCGGCAUCACAUGGCACAAGGAGGGCGGGUCAUCACCAAAAGACGGUUACUUCCCAAGUGUGAAAAAAGAGGACAGUGGCAACUAUACCUGCACCCGCUCUUACCUGUAUGAUGGUCAAAUAUAUAACAUGACCUCUACGGUGAAACUUGAUGUCCAACCAAACAAAAUAACUAAGAAAGCAGUGAUAAUUUCACCAGAGAACAAGCAGGUAUUUGAGAUAGAUUUAGGUUCAACAGUGAUGAUUGAUUGUAAAGCAGUUAUGAUGUCAGACACUGAUGGCUUGGUUUGGUUAAGUGGAAAUUCAUUUGUGGAGACAGACACUAGUCUACCAGUUUUCUAUAAUGAUACACAGGUCAUCAGCACAGAGGAAAUCAGCAUGACAAUAUCUCUAAUCUUCAGAAAAGUGUCAGAGGAGGAUCUGUCAAAAAACUAUACCUGUAAACUGCAAUCUGCCUACCAAACAAGCUUUGUCACUAUCACUCUAAAACAAAAAGCUUCCCGUUCGUACACGUCUCUUGGUGUCUGCUUUGUCAUCAUUGUUGUGGUGACAUUUGUGACUGUAGUUACCUAUGUGAAGUUUAAGAUUGACAUCACUCUUUUCCUAAGAGACACUCUUAAGUGGUCUGGCAGCAUUUCAGAUGGAAAAUGCUAUGAUGCCUUUGUAAUGUGUUACAAAUGCGACACGGCUGGAGGAUUAAAUCCUAGCGACAAAAGAUGGCUGGAGAGUGUUUUGGAAGAGAAAUUUGGUUACAGUCUCUGUCUUUAUGAUCGUGACGUCUUACCAGGGAAAGCAAUCGCAGACGCUGUGCUAGACUGCGUAGAGCAGAGCCGGGCUGUAGUUUUGGUUCCCGUCUCUCCAGACCCUGAUCCAGAAUCUGGCCUGCUGAGUGCGAUCCACGAAGCCCUUGUGGAGCGGCAGACUCGCUUGGUUUUCAUCACCACUGAGACAUCAAUGGCUUCAAAAUCGGAUUCCUUUCCAGAGGCUUUACAGCUUCUUAGUAAGGCUGGGAACUGCGUCACCUGGAAGGGCAUAAGCUCCAUGCCGACUUCCUCCUCCUUCUGGAAGCAGCUACGAUAUUACCUUCCUGCACCACAGCAGGCGCCAACAGUAGAGCUUUUACCACAGACAAUCCAGGAUGUUACUUCAUGAUAAAAUGUUUAGUUAAGUCAGAAUUAAUAACUUCUAUCUGGUCUUAACAUAUGAGUAAGUUUACACACAUCACCAACAGCUUAUAUUUUGAGUUUAAGACAAAUUAAUAUUUAUGUUUGUUUUUUUAAUUCGGCAUUGUUAUUUUAUUCUAUUUAAUCAAUUUUAUUCCUGUUUUUGCAAACAUUUCUUCUGUACAGUAUGACAAUACCAGCAACUGUUUUAGUAAGCUACAGAGAAUUUAAAUGUAUGAAGUUUAUGUGUAAAAUUGCUUCAUCUUGUUGUGUUAUUAGGCAUCUUUAAAUCAGCCUUUAGGCUGUUCCUCCUGAUGAGUUCAGUCCAAGUACUGUUUUCAUAAUGUUUCAGUGAAUGUAAAUCCUAGUUUUCAUACUUGAACUUUUCUCAUUUAUUAUUACCAAUGCCAUAUCAUCCUACUCUUUGUCCAGUUUUUAUUUUCCUCGCUUGUACAUACUGCUUGCACUUACUGAAACAUAGUGCUGUGCCUUUUGGCCAAAUAUGUUCAAAGCACAUUUCAUCUUAUAUAUUAAUAAAAUUAAAAUAAAUGUAUUUUUAUCCUACCUUAUGUAUGUAUAGUCAAUAUAAUUCCAAUAGUGCUGUCAGCGUUAAUCUUGUUAAAAUGAGGUUAACGCCAUAACUGCAUUGAUGCCGCAAUUUUCCGUUAGCGAGUUAGUGCGGCUCACCCCGUGCGUGGGGCUGCAUGGCGCUAAUGCGUUAACGAGCUAACCACACUAACCUGUUGACGCCCUGCAGCCCCACCCACGGGGCAAUCCGCGCUAACUCCCUAACGGAUAUUUGCCGCAUUAAUGCAGUUAUGGCAUUAACGUCAUUAACGCUGACAGCACAAAAUUCCAAUUAAAGGACUGAAU